AUGGAUGGUGCCCGCGCGAUCGUCGACGCACGCAAAUGCCCGUUCGAGCGCACCACAUAUCGCUAUACGCCACUGCUUGCGCUCCUCAUGGUGCCCUCCGUGCUGUGGCUCGACGCCUUUGGCAAACUACUCUUCACCAUGUGUGAUUUAGGUGUGCUGUACCUCUGCGAACGCCUUCUGAAUCAUUAUUCCGAUUCAGCCUAUAAGCGUCGGCUGCUUGAGAUUUUCAUCGCCUUCAACCCGGUUGUCCUAAACAUCUCAACCCGCGGCAAUAGCGACAUGCUGAUGACGCUUAUUAACCUCAUCGCGAUGACUUUGUAUGAUCGUCGUCAGUAUUACGCAGCCGCCGGUGUGCUUGGGUUCGGCGCACACUUCAAGAUCUUUCCCAUUAUUUAUGUGCCGUCUUUAGUGUUUGGGAUCUGGCAAGACAUCACCAACGCGCAGACAAAGCACCCAGGCUCCAGUGCCCGAUCUUUCCACCAACGACUACGGAAAACCACAAAGAUCGCGCUGAUUUCGGGUAUCAGCUUUUUGGCUUGUUUUGCCAUCCCAACGGGCAUCAGCUACUUCUUUUGCGGGAAGGUCUACAUCCAAGAGGCCCUUUUGUACCACUUCCACCGGGAGGAUCAUCGGCAUAACUUUUCACCUUACUGGUUCCUCAUUUACUUAAACAUGGCAGCGCGCGGGAUGGGCUACGAGCAGCAAUUCUCGCCUGGACUGUGGGCCUUCUUUCCGCAGGCCGUGGUACUGCUCCUCACCUCGUGGCGGCUUCGGCGGAACAUCCCACAAGCGUGCUGUACGGUGACCAUCCUAUUUAUUGCCUUCAAUAAGGUAUGCACGGUGCAGUAUUUUGUCUGGUUUAUCCCACUUUUGCCGUUUGUGUUUAUGCAGAAUUCGAUGCCCUUUCCCGCAUCCAUAAAAUCCGUGGCAAAUGACAAAGCCUCACGCGAAGGAUGGCCAGGAAAUUCAAAAGGAAAGGGGAAACGCAAUUUCUAUAGGGUCCCCUCCCUUAAAACCAUAAUCGCCGUCUUGAUGUUGUGGACCAGCACCAUCCCGCUCUGGGUGUUCACCACGUACCCUCUUGAAUUUCAGGGGAAAAAUCAUUACUGGCGCGUGUGGAUCGCGUCUGGCGUGUUUUUUCUCUCAACCACAUUGCUCGGUGGCUGGGUAGGACGGAUCUCUUACCUUUCUCAGCAAAACCAACUUCAUUUCCCCCAUAUCGCUAAGCCGUACAGUGGCAACAUUUCAUGGAAAAACACUAAGAAACCCUAA